AUGGACCCCCGGCUCUCUGUCCGCAGGUACCCGCUGCUGGUGCUGCUCUGCGCGGCCGCUGCCCUGUCGGGGACCCGGAGCCCCGUGGCUGCAGCGGGGAGGAGCUGCGCCGACACCCGGCAGGUGUACGCUGAGAAGGGCUACGGCACAGACACCGCUCCGCUGACUCAAAUCUCCGGUGAGCACCUGCGGCUCUGUCCUCAGGACUACACCUGCUGCUCCAGUCAGAUGGAGGAGACGCUGGCCCUCCAGAGUGAGAGGGACUUCAUGAAAGCCGUGGAAGAAAACAGCCAGUUCCUGUUGACCACCUUCAGCCAGAGACAUCGCAGAUUUGACGAGUUCUUCAGGGAGAUCAUCGACCUCUCAGAGAAGUCUGUGAACCAGAUGUUCACCAAGACCUACGGAUUGCUCUUCACCCAGAACGCACACGUCUUCCAGGAGCUGUUUGUGGAGCUGCGCAGAUAUUACUCUGGGGGCAGUGUCAGUCUGACCGAGGUUCUGUCAGACUUCUGGUCCAGACUCGUGGAGCGGGUCUUCUCUCUGGUCAACCCUCAGUAUCAGUUCAGCGAGGACUACCUGGAGUGCGUCAGCAAACACACGGAGCAGCUGCAGCCGUUUGGAGACGUGCCCCGCAAGCUGCGCGUACAAGUAUCCAGGGCUUUCAUUGCAGCCAGAGCUCUAUCUCAGGGCCUGGCUACAGGUCGGGAUAUCGUUAACAAAGCAACAAAGUUGACAGCAGACUCUGAUUGUGUGCGUGGCCUAAUGCGUCAGUGGUACUGCCCUCUGUGUCGAGGGCAGCCCUCCCUGCGGCCCUGCCACUCCCUGUGCCUUAACGUGAUGAAGGGCUGCUUAGCCAAUCAGGCCGACCUCGACACCGAGUGGAACAAUUUCAUUGAUGCUCUUUACCAGGUUUCAGAGAAGUUGGAGGGGCCGUUCAACAUGGAGCUUGCAGCCGACUCCAUCUCUGUGAAGGUGUCAGAGGCCAUCAUGCACAUGCAGGAAAACAGCGUCACCAUCUCCACCAAAGUGUUCCAGGGCUGUGGAAACCCCCGACCGACUCCCGGACGGACUCAACGCUCACCGAAAGAGUCCGGGGGAAACAGGAGGCCGUUCCGCACCUACAGCCCUGAAGAGAAACCCACCACUGCUGCAGGCACCAACCUGGAUCGACUGGUUACCGAGCUGAAAGAGCGACUGCGGCCGAUGCAGGGCUUCUGGGUGUCCCUCCCACACACCACCUGCAACGAUGAGAGGCUGGCUGCCGACGUCACUAAUGAGGAGCGCUGCUGGAACGGGCAGACCCGGGGGAGGUACCUGCCGGACGUGACGGGGGACGGUCUCGUCAGCCAGAUCAACAACCCCGAGGUGGAGGUGGACAUUGCGCGGCCGGAUGUGAGGACCAGACAACUGAUCAUGGAGCUGAGGGUGGCGACCAACAAACUGCGACACGCUCAGAGCGGACAAGACAUGGACUUCAUGGACAGUGAGGAGGGCAGUGGUUCAGGGGGAGGGGAUUACGGUGAAAGGUACAAUGAUGACUGGCCGGGCUAUGGGCCUAACUCCCCCUCUUAUAACAAACCCCCUCGUAACCCGGACUCCAACCCCGCAAAGCCUCCUCGGGUCCGAGAGAAAGGCGGCUCCAAGUGGAACAGGAACAACGGCCAUGGACGGGUUCGUUCUGCGACCAGCAGGCUCACGUCCUCGCUGCUAUCUUUGUGUUCUUUCCUGGUCACUGUUGCCCCCAUGUGGAGAUAA